AUGACAGUUGAACAGCCCUCUAUCGAGCAGCGAGGCGAGGAGAUCCUCAAUGUCUUCAGCGCCGCAUUCAGUGACCUUCUUGCGGCAGACCCUACUGCAUUCCAGGUCAAGUUCCGCAAGAUGGCGGCCUCAACGUUUGCCUUCUACCGUGGUAGUGCGUGUCUCUUCUACCAUGACCUGCAGCAGGAGCAGCACGGUGGCCCGUACCUGAACGACCAAACAAGCCGGAUUUGGAUCCAUGGCGAUCUACACGCAGAGAAUUUUGGCACCUAUAUGAACUCCCAGGGUCGGCUAAUCUUUAAUGUCAAUGACUUCGACGAGGCAUAUGUCGGCCCCUUCACCUGGGACCUUAAGCGCUUCGCCGCUUCGGUUGCCCUGAUUGGAUACGCGAAAGCGCUCAGCGACAAGCAGAUCGCCAAACUUGUCCAGACGUACGCCGCAGCCUACCGUGAGCGUAUUCACACCCUGGCAAUUAGCAAUAAUCAUAACGAGGUGCCUCGCUUUACCCUGGACACGGCCAAGGGCCCGUUACUGGAAGCAUUGCACUCAGCCCGCGCGCAGAAUCGCAUCGGGCUGCUUGACUCGAUGACCGAGAUCCAUGACUUCGAGCGGCGCUUCACCUUGGGCGGCGGUGCAAUUGAGCUGGACUCUGACACACGAGAGAAGGUUGCAGCUGCCUUCCAUCGCUAUUUGGAAACACUACCCAAGUCGAAUAAGGGUCGCUCCGACAACGCCUACCGCAUCAAAGACGUGGUGGGACGUCGCGGUGUCGGCAUCGGCAGCGCAGGCCUCCCAUCGUACAAUAUCCUACUUGAAGGCAACAGUGAAGCCCUGGAGAACGACGUGGUGAUAUACAUGAAGCAGUCCCAAGCGGCAGCCGUCUCCCGACACGUCACGAACAGUGCGGCCUCCAACUACUUCCACCACGAGGGUCACCGGACAGUGAUUUCGCAGCGCGCACUGCAAGCGUAUGCAGAUCCAUGGCUCGGCUGGACCGAGAUCGAUGGCGCAGGCCAACUCGUCGCAGAAGUUUCACCGUACGCCGUGGACCUUGACUGGUCAGACAUCAACGACCUGGAGGAGAUGGCGAUGGUGGUCGCCGACCUGGGCCGGGCCACCGCCAUGAUGCACGGGGCCGGAGACGACGACAGCAGCCACUGGGAACUGGUGCCUUUCUCGCCCGAGAAGGCUAUUCAUGCGGCCAUUGCAACUGACGAAGACCGAUUCGCGGACUUGCUUGUUGGAUUUGCGCAUGAGUAUAGUGCCCAGGCCCGGCGUGACCACCACAUAUUUGUGGACUUGUUCCGUAAUGGUUGCAUUCCGGGGCUAUCUGCUGAUGUUGACAGUGAUUAA